AUGGCGCCUAUAGGGCUUUUCAGCCGUCUCAAGAAUCUGUAUUCCAGAGAGUCCGAGCCGUUGCCUGUCAUUUCGGUGCACACGGCCGCUCUCCUGUCGGUCGUCUUCACGCUGGCGUAUGUGGUGCCGUUCUACCUCUCCUCGGUCACCAAGCCCUCGCCCACACUGAGCAGAGAUGCUCCGUCUGUCAUCCGGGCCAGGAUUCGAGCCGUCACGGCCGCCUGUCUGGUGAGCUCUCUGGCCGUCCUGUGUCUGGCGGUCCAAAAGGGUGACGCUUCAUUGCUGGAUGGCCUGAAACUUCUGGGCUUGUGGCCUGCUGGUCCCAUGGAGGUCGCCCGCAGCUUCUUGCUAACCGCCAUCCUGUUUGCCGGUCCACUUUUCGAGAGAGGUGCUGCAGAGGGUGAGUGGAAGGAAUGGUUUCGCGGCAGCAAGAUCGCAGAGACCCUGGGCGGCUGGAUCGGUUGGCGGAACUAUGUGGCCGGCCCUGUGACGGAGGAAAUCAUGUUCCGCUCUGUCAUUGUUGCUGUCCACCUGCUGGCCAAGGUGUCCCCGGGUCGUAUCGUGCUUGUGGCACCCCUGUAUUUCGGGAUCGCACAUAUCCACCACUUCUAUGAGUUCCGUUUGACCCAUCCGGAUACUGCGGUGCUCGCAGCUCUACUGCGAUCUCUCUUCCAGUUUGGCUUUACUACCGUAUUUGGCUGGUACGCGACAUUCGUCUUUCUGCGGACAGGCUCCCUUCCUGCCGUGAUCCUUAUUCACAGCUUCUGCAACUGGUGCGGUCUUCCCCGACUCUGGGGUCGCGUCGAAGCCGGAGUCACCAUGGGCCCUCCCCUGGUUCGUGGAAAGGAAGACUCAGACAUCAGUACCUUCCAGGCAGGUGACGGUACACUGGGGAUCGGGUGGACCGUCGCGUAUUAUACCCUCCUCGUCGCGGGAGCGGUGGCUUUUUACUACCAGCUGUGGCCGUUGACGGCUUCUCCGCUGGAGCUGGUCUCGUUUACGACCAAAACGAAGUAG